AUGGAGCGUGCAGCAAGCAUUCUGAUGCGGCAGGGGGUGCGGGCGAGCAGCGUGGGCAUGGCGGCUCGACGGGCAAUGUCGACACAAAAGGUCAACGUGUACGGCGAGUACCAGUUCAAGAAGUCGAUCCAGCGCGGGCGGCAGCAAUACAUGAUAAAGAACGUGCUGACGGCGUUUGGGCUGGGCGGGCUGUGCGCAGGCAUCUACUUUUACUCGCUCAAUGUGGUCAGGCAGGAGGACUUUAGCGACGUGCCGAUGCCGCCGGAGCCAACGGCCGACGAGAAGACCAAGUUUGACCAGGCCAAGAACUAG